CUCUCUCCUCUCGCGUACCAUACUCAGAGGCGGCAAGCGAAAGAAGGUUCCAAAGACCGUAGCCCUAGCCCGCGCCUUCAUCCAUGGCUCGUACCAAGCAAACUGCCCGCAAAUCCACCGGCGGAAAGGCUCCGAGGAAGCAACUCGCCACCAAGGCGGCGAGGAAGUCGGCGCCGACGACAGGGGGAGUGAAGAAGCCCCACAGGUUCCGGCCGGGGACGGUGGCGCUUCGGGAGAUCCGGAAGUACCAGAAGAGUACGGAGCUGCUGAUAAGAAAGUUGCCGUUCCAGCGGCUUGUGCGAGAGAUAGCGCAGGACUUCAAGACCGACCUUAGGUUCCAGAGCCAUGCUGUUUUGGCUCUCCAGGAGGCCGCCGAGGUUUAUCUCGUUGGGCUCUUCGAGGACACAAACCUAUGCGCCAUCCACGCCAAACGUGUCACCAUCAUGCCCAAGGACAUACAGCUCGCCCGCCGCAUCCGUGGCGAGCGCGCCUAAAGCUUCUUCUUUUCUCUUCCUUUCUAUACCUUUUGUUUUAGGUUUUGUUAUUUACUUUUAGUUGUCUUUUCUUUUUUUUUUAGUAAAGAAACAUAGUUUUGAUGUACAUGUCUUUCGUGGUAAUGAGAAGAUUGGAAAUUUAGACCAUG